GAGGAAGAACAAGAAAGGAGACCUGCUUGAAGCCUUCUGACGUUGUAUGGUGUUAUUUUGUGUAUCAUGGCUGUCUGGACUGUGCCACUGUGUCACCUUUGCCAUGUCACCAUGAGGACACCUCGCAGUACUGGCCCUGUGCAGGAUGGUAGUGCAGGUGACUUUGGGCAGCCAGCUUCAACCCAGUGCUGGAACCUGGUGCUGCAGCUGCAGGCAUGUCUGCACACAGAGCAUCAUUGCACUUCUGCUCCAAUGAGAUUGCCUUAGGAAAUGGUAGCACUCCCUCAGUUUGAGGGGGCAAAGCUGAUUAUCUCACCAUCAGUGAGAGCCCUGGGCUGUCAGCUCUCCAACUUGUGUCAUCCCACCGUGCUGCAGAGCCUCCAUCCUGGAGGGCUUUGUGUGACUGAAUUUAGCCCAGAGAGGAGAUGCAAAUGGUUUUCAGCACUUUGGGUUAGUCUGAGACACGGCACAGAGGUGAAGCCCAAGCACAGCUCAGUGUCUGAGAGGAGGGAGUGAAUCCUGCAGCACUUCAGCCUGCUCAGGGCUGUGUGAAUGGCACUCUGAGUGGACAGCUGCUCACCUUUGCUUAGAAAGGUGAAAAGAAACACUUAAUUGUCCUUUUCCAGGCCUGGCAGUGGGAGCUGUUCCAGUUGCAUAUUUUGGAGUUUUUCCCCACUGCUCUAGGACAGGCAGAGCAGCCAUUUGUUCAUGCCUUGGAGCUUGAGCCCUCUGGAAUGAGAUAAUCUGUAACUCUGGGAGCAGAGUGUGUGGCUCUGCUGUCACUGACCAGCACACUCUGCCACUCUGAGCCACUGCUGGGUCAUCAGCCUGCCAGGAACCCAAAAGCAGCUGUGGAAAAAUGGUGAACUUGGAUGUUCCCUUGAGACUGGCACAAAGAUGAAUGAAGGAGUGACAGAAAUCAACUCCUUGAUGAACAUCCUGCUGUGCCUCUUUGCAGCUAUGGAGCAUAGGUGGUCCCUUCCCAAAAGCCAGAGCUUUCUUCAGUGCCAGCAGUGCUUGGCUCCUGCAGUGCCAUGGGUGAUUUGCAGUCAGCCAUUUUGGUGCAAAAGAAAGCUUUCUCUCUUGCAGUAGUUCAUUUUUAAUAUGAAAACUCGUGAGAUACAACUCCACUUUCACAUUGCACUGAGGAGAUGUAUUCAGGAAAGACUCUGAGGAAAGAUUUCUGAUCUGUUCAGGAAAGCCCAGUUGGCCUGGGCUGAGAUGGUAUUGCACACACUGGGACAAGAGGUUUUCUAGGCUCUGAAAAACCCCAAAUGCUGAUCUGUUCUAUAGUGCUGACAUUACAUGUGCAAUGAGAAAUCUGCAACUUGUGUAGAUGUGAUUUUAUUUUUAAUCCCAUUGAAUGCUUUUCUGUUCAUUUUCAUUAUCCCUGGAAGCCCUUUCCUCAGCUGCUGUGCAGAGUGGGAAAUAUUUCUGUAGUGAGCAGCAGCAGCAGCAAGUGAAUGAGGGGGAGAAGUUUUGCUCUCAGGUGCUUGUUGUCAGGGACAGGUCUGUGUCCCUUGCUGAGGACAUGUGGCAGCAUUGCACACGCUGGGCUCCUGUGUCUCUGCUUGCUCCUCCAUGAGACUCUCGUGGCAUCUGUGCUCUGAGUGCUGACUGCCUUAUCCACCCAGCCCUGCCUUUGUGCUGGCCUGGCUGCAGAGCACCUGAGCACCCAAUGUCCCAGCACCAGGUCUGUCCUGCGACACUUCUCAGGCACUUCUUGGUUGCUGCAGACAGCCUCCUGCCUUCAGAAAUCUGCAUGCAAGUGUUUAAACAUGGAACCAAACAGGGAGAAUAUCUGAUAUGUGAAAAUAAUUGACUGACUUGUGGUAAAAAUGAGGACAAUGAGAAGACACCUGACAGAUUAUUCAAUUAUAAUCUGCUAGCUGUGGCAGAGUGAAACUCUUGUCUUUUUCCCAGAGCUGUGUGUGAUGCUGAACACACGUGGGAAUUGCUCCUGCCAACAGCAAUGUCCUGAACAAUUUGAUCCUGUAGAAUUUCUGAAUUUGUUAUAAAGCUAUUUUUUUUUUCCUGCUGUAACCUGAGAUCUCAUUGGCAUUUCCAGUAAACUUCAGCAAUUCCCGUAAGGGGUGGUUUUCCAAGAAUCAAAAGUGAAAGCAAUUAUUAUUUCCUGUGCUUUAGCCUUUAAUACUAGGGUUUUGUGCACCCCAGAUUCAUUUUGCAGCUAGAUUUCUUCUUGGUUGCAGUGGUCAAAAGGCUUAGCUCAGAUUUUGAAAAUAUCACCACCGUGUGCUGUGCUCAGUACCUCUACAGCAGAAGACCAGGCUGUAAAGGAAGGAGUUUCAGAAAGUGAUGGUUUAGGAGCCAGAUGCUGCUGGUGCUUACAGGAUGUGUGGGGACCAGAAAUGAGAUAGUGCUCCUUUGCAGAUGGGCUCAGGAUCUUGAGUCCCUGUCUGUCCACCAGCUGUUAUUGAAAUUAUUGAUGGAUUUCUGGCCUGUUCAAUCAAUCAAUCAGUUCAUAGAGAGCUGUCGCUGUACAGCUGAGACAGAAGAAAUUGUCACCUCCCAUUCUUGUGCAUCACCAUAUGGCUUCCCCUAUACGGAGAGGAACAGGAAUGUAUGCUGACAGCGACACUGCUGCCAAUGUAGCUGUACAGGAACGUUCAGACACAGACAGAGCCCAGCAUGACUAUGAGAUCUACGGGUACCCAUGUCCUGCUCCGGACCGGAACUAUUCUCGACACAGGAGUACAGCUGUACGGAAACGUUCAGACACAGACAGAGCCCAGCAUGACUAUGAGAUCUACGGGUACCCACGGCCUGCUCCGGACCGGAACUAUUCUCGACACAGGAGUACAGCAGACUUGAAGGCUGCAGAUUAUAGCCUUUCUGACGUGUGUGAUUUGGGUGGGGAUGAAGAGCUGUGUCGCCUUCUGAAAAGCCAAGAGAUGCUGAACAGCACGGGCGAGACCAAUUUGGACACCCUGAGUACAGGAAUUGGAGAAGCCAGGAUGUCAAUCCCUGGUGAAGAGGAGGUGACGCGGCUCAGCCGGGUUGCCGUGGUGAAGGCCAUUACAGAUGCUUACAUUGAUUCUCGCCGGGGACCAAUGCUGGCAGAAGAAUCAACUGUGAGAUCUCCUGCCUCUGAUGUUCAGGAUUCAGCUGGAGCCAGAGCCCAGCACAGCCUGGAGAGCAGCAGGGGGACGCUGCCUGCUUGGGACCUGACCUCUCCUGGCAGCCAGAGUGCAGGAAUUGGAGAAGCCAGGAUGUCAAUCCCUGGUGAAGAGGAGGUGACGCAGCUCAGCCAGGUUGCCAUGCUGAAGGCCAUUACAGAUGCUUACACUGAUUCUCGCCAGGGACCAGUGCUGGCAGAAGAAUCAACUGUGAGAUCUCAUGCCUCUGAUGUUCAGGAUUCAGCUGGAGCCAGAGCCCAGCACAGCCUGGAGAGCAGCAGGGGGACGCUGCCUGCUUGGGACCUGACCUCUCCUGGCACCCAGAGUGCAGGAUGUUUAGAGGCAGAGGAGACAACCAGUGCUGAUGAUGUGAUGGCGAUGCUCACCCACAUGGCCACGGUGACCGGCAUGAAAGCUGCUUACACACAUUCUUGCCGGGGAGCAGCUGUGGCAAGUCCAUUCAUCAUUGGUGGGGGGAUGCUGUUUGGCCCAGUUGGAAUUUUUAUAGGAGGAACAGUGGGUGGAUUCCUUGGAUGGAUGAUUUCUGAAGAUUUCAAGUCAGUCCCUCAGGUUUUAAUGGAAUUGUCUCCUGCUGAGAGGCAGAAGCUCUGUGCUGAAGCCAUGGCUGUUCUCAAGAACUUUGACUGGACUAAUGCGGAUGAGCUGAUUAGAUUUGUAACAGCAAAUUCUGUUGUCAGAGACAAGGUAUUAGGAGUGCUGAAUACUUACAUUACCAAUGAGCUAAAGGCAAAACCAAAGUAUAGAAAAUAAUUCUCUACAGAGUAGGAUUUUUAUACUGGAAUGCAUGUCACUCCCAUAAUUGUGAAUCUUCAAAGCAACACAUUCCAGUUAUCAGUACUAAUUACAAAUAUAUGCUGAUCUAAGUGAUUUUGGGGUCUUUGGGUUAUGUGUUUGGAGGUUUUUAAAUUUUUAUCAUGGUUGUUACCAUUUUUGAUUCGUGUGGAUUUGUAAGCAUAGUAUUAGGUUACUGCAUUAUCCUGACACUGACCUGCUAUGAAGUUUUGGAUUGCUCUGCACAAGGACCAGUUCAAAUUGCUGAAGGGAAUCAUGCUGCUCUUAGGCUAAUGUGUCACUUGUGAAAAUUUUCAAAGUCCUUUUGUUUUAUUUCGAAGACUUGAUUCUGUUUGUUGAAGUACUCUAAUUUUUUUUCCCUAUAAAUGACAUAUAAAGUGCCAAAGUAGCUGGGGCACUUUGAAGAAUUUUACCUGUUGUUUGUUUCAGCCCUGCAAAGGAAAGUUUUAUGAGGAAGUACAUUACUGUGAACUCAAAAAACUCAAUCCAUACUUCAUUUGUCUCUUUUUUAUUGUAAUUCUUGAAUUAUCUUUUUAUGUAAGAAGGAAAGCAAAUUAAACAAGAUUUCAAGAAACAGGAAAAGAAACUGUGAACACUUUCAAUUUGAUUUUCACCAGGUUCCUGUGCCCUGGGAUGGGAGGGUGUGGCAUUAAAAACAUGGGGAGCUGAACCUGCCAGUUUUGUGUGAGCCCCAGGAUGAAGGUUGUCAUUUGAGCAUUGGUUUCUUGCUUGAGUCUGUACAGCUGGUCCUUGGUUUUCAUUAAAAUCUUAAUAAGAA